AUUAGAGUCUAGAGUUAGAUCUAGAAUGCCUAUAUAGAUCUAUCUAGCCAAUCUAGUCUACACUACAUCGUGUCUAGAUUUCGACUAGAUGAAACAUCAUGGCUUAAUAUCAUUAAUAUAAUACAUUAACUUUGAAUUUCUCGCGAUAUCUAGAUCUAGAAAUGUCAUCGAUUGGCUAAGUUCUCAUCAUAAAGACAGCACACCAAACCUAAAUGAGUCGAAAAGGAACAAACUCUUUCCUAGCUAAAGUGAAACAAGACGUCCCUCCCGCAACUUUACAGCGAGGGCCACCACCACUAGAUAUAGAGACCAAAGAGCAUUUCCUAACUAUCAUUGAUAAUCUAGAAAGACGGUUAAAUAAAUACCAGAAGCGCUGUGAUGAACUGGAAGUUGCUAAUGGCCAGUUUCAAGAGAAGUUUGACCAGUUGUCCUCGGACAAAAAGGAGAUUAUUUCCUUUUGGAAGAAACAAGUGGAACAGAAAGCGGAUGAAAUAGUCGACUUAAAUGACCGUUAUAUUGGUCUCCAGCAAGCAAGAGAUAAUGAGCGAGAAGCCUUUAAAAAGCAGAUUCAAGAACAGCGCUCGGAGUAUCAGGAAAUGAAAGACCAGCUGACUGCUGAGAACAUGAUGUUAGGCGGGAAACUAGCCUCAUUAGAAGAGUUUAAAGUUCAAAAAGAAGAACUGAUGGCUAAGUUUGCUUUAAUGGAAGCUGAGCUGGCAAGGAAGGAAGAAGAAAAUAAAGAGAACCUGUACAACUUGGAAAAGAAAGCUGUGAUUGACAAAGACAGAUUGAAGAAGGAAAUGAUUUUGAGAGUGAACCAGGUGGCAGCGGAGUUUCGUAAAGUCAGCAACAAGCAGAUGGCAGAGACCACCAAGAGAACCAUUAGAGAAAAUGUAUCCAUUACAGCUCAGCUGGCCAAAAUGUCCGACAAGACCAUUGAGAUGAUACAGGAGAAUGACGAGCUUCACGACAAGGUCAAGAAGUUGAAGCAGCAGGUGGAGAUGCUGGAGUUUAAUGAGAGAGAAAUGGGAAAGAAAAAUCAAAGCAAUUUAAAGGUCAUCAAACUUAUGACUGAUAAAUGCCAGAGUCAAGAAGCUGUCAUUGCUGAGUAUGAAAAGAGAGAAAAUGAACUCAUGCAACUGGACUCUGAAAUAGACAUCUUGAAACAACAGAAUGAUUCAUUGAGGUAUGAGAUGGGAAUGAUGUCACAGAAUAAUGCGCUGCUGGAAGAUACUCUUGAGAAGGUCAGGUCUGAUGUGCACACAGAAGUGAGUCUAAGAAACAAAAUUCAACAAGUGCUUGCGGAAGCUGCUGACGCAAUCAAAGAGGUUUUAAUUGAAAAAGAAGAUAACAAAGAUCGGCUGAUUAAAUGUGUCAAUAGCACUCAGACUGACAUGGUGGAUGAUGUCGAUGAAAGUGAAGAGACGAAUACCAGUGACAACAUCGGCACUGAUGUCGUGUAUGGCAGGGAGCACAUGCUUGAAAAACUGCUGGUUCUGAUGGACAGUGCUGCCAACUUGGGCAUUGGUCCAAACCCAGAUGAGUUGGGCAAAAGACAGUUAUCAUCUGUUGGUACCUUGAGCAAUAGCCCAAGUACCAAGAAAGGUAUUAUCAAAAAUGAAUUUCCUUCGAUGAAAGGCAUCUUGCCUCAUUAUAGUCUUGGUGAUCUGGGACUUGUUCCACGUCCUUCUCAACAUGUUCCAACAAGUUUAGAAAAAACCAAACUGAGCGCGAAGACUACCAAACUUGGUGCUCUCCAUGGUGUGUUGUCCCGAUCAGUCUCCACGCAGACAAUGAAUGCGGCCAAUUCUGUUCUGUAUGCCAACCAGAUUCUAUCCAAGUUCCCAGAACAUGAGAUUCUGAGAUCUAGCCACAAGCCUUUUGGUAUGGCCCCACCUCCAAUACCUAAAAAAAUAACGAGUCACUAAUUCAAUUUUCUCUGUUUAACUCUAAAUCUGCGAGAGAUGUGAUCAAAAAUUGUAACUGCAUUGUUGAUGUGUGUGUUGAAUUGAUUUCACUAAGAUGUAAUAUUUUCUGUGAAGGUAACAGAUAUGGACAUCUGUUGCAAAUAUCAAAGCUGUAUACUGUGUCACUCAUGUAGUUGAUGUAAAAUAUAUUAUGUAAGUACGUUACUUUUUUUUAUGGAUAUUAAUUCAAAAACCUCAUACUAAAUGGGUACAUACAAAAUACAUAAUUCAAAUUAUUGACGACUGGCUUAAAAUAUAGUUUAAACACUAGAGCUCCUAGUCCAAGAAUUGGAAUUAUUUUUGUAGCACAUCAUGAUUAUUGCCCAGUGCCAUCGACUAGUUGUAAAUAUGUGAUGUAGAAAUAAUGUAGUUAUAGACCUUUGUUCACAUUUUAGAAUUGGUCACUGCAAUUUUCUUGUUACUAAUAAAAUGCAAGAUUAAUUCUUAGUGAAUAAAAUAUAAAAAAAGGAAAUAAAGGAUGUAAAGGGAAAGAAUUAUAUUUCUCUAUAAGGUCAUCAUACUCUUUCUGUAAAUAAGUUACACAUUUGGGGUCAUUUUUUUAAGGGUUGUGAUUUUGCAAACAUAACAUAGAUACGAGAUAUUCUCCCUUAAUACCUGGAAUUUUGGGGGAAAAACCCACAAAAGUUGGGAAUAAGAGUCUGAAUUCAGUGAAGCAGAUUUAUGAUUAGUUUGUCACAACUUUAAAUUCUUUCUUUCUUUUGCUCACUACUUUAUAUUUCAUUUGAAUUGGAGUCUAAACAAGCUGGCCUAUUUUUUUUCUUAUUUUGAGUUAAUCCUCUUUUCAAAAACUUAUAAAUAGUUGAAUGAAAACAUGGUCCUCUGUACGCCGAUUUAUGCCUUAAGCUUUCAAUGCUAAUAAUAGAUUACUUUGAUUAGUUGGUGUGUUGUCUCCUUAGCCAUUUUAUGCUAACAUCGACUUAAUUAAGGUACAUCAUUAACUCUUUCUCUCCUAACUGAUGAUACCAACGUUGAUUUCAUCAGAAUGCGGUAAAUAAUUACGGAGAGAAAGAGUUAAUAAAGAAGGUGAUAAGACAUUUCAUCUGCUGAUAACUGCAGUCCAACAUCCAGGUAACUGAAAAAUAAUUAUUGUUCAAUACUGACCAGCAUGUUCACCAGGGAAAAUCUAUUGUAAUGAUUAUAUUUAUGAAAUAUCUGUGUUCUAAGAUCUCACUAGAUGAUAUACACUAAUGUUUCAGUUACUUUGUUAAUAAAUGAUUGGCAGAAUUCUUUGAGUAAA